ACUCUCUCGGCUCUAAAACGACUCAGGAGCCAUUUUGUAUUGAAGCUUCGCAGCGUUGCUGGUCAACCGUCAUCUUAAAUAGACUAGCCAAGCUAAUUAGCUUUAGUGGUUAAGAUACAAGUCAAAACACUUACUGAUAUAAAUUAAUUUGUUUACAGCCAUACACUUACUUGUCGUGAAUAAUGAAAUGGAAAGGAUUAAGCUAGCAUUUUGGCUAACUGUCGAACAAUUAUUGGGGCAUUCAAAUGCACUAGUAAACAGGACAAAGUUGGGGAUAGACACCUGACAGUUGACAUUAAUGAAAAGUUUAGAUGUUUAAAAUAAAAGAUUUCACUUAAAAUAAUUGCCUACACCUACAAAUAACGGGAAAACAAGGCAGAAAAUACGGCUCAGAUAUGCGAGUCGAAUCUUAAGGUUCGACUCAGAGAGCCGACUCAAAGAGCCGACACAUUCGCAAACGACACUUCACCUCACUUAGGCAAUAUGGCGACGCUCAUGUGGUGCAUGAGAGGUGUGUGUACAAUCCUCAAACCAACUCUGACUGUAAGAACCAGUAACAGAUAUGUGCGCACAGUGAGGCGCAGACCACCGACCACUUCUUCUUCUUCUUCUUCUGUGGAGGAGAUAAUCCUGAAGUCAGAAGUGAAACCCGAGCAUCCUGCAUGUUCUCCUUCAGCACUGGAGUCCAUGCUGCAAACGAACCACAGAAAUGUGUGUCAGAAACCCGGAGACACGACGAGGACAGUUUCAGAGUCACAUCCCGAGAAAACAACAAGCAAACAAGCAAGUCGUGCUUUGUCCUCCAGACCUCCAUGUUUCCACCAGGUGGGAAGUCUGCGGUAUGAAAAGGCGCAGCCUGAUGACAAGAGAGUCUCACGUUUGGUGAACUUGGCUCGGUCGAAGAAGCUUCGUGAACAGCAAGGCAAAAUCCUCCUGGAAGGAAGACGUCUCAUUUCUGACGCGCUGGACGCAGGGGCUUCACCACUCACCAUCUUCUUCAGUACAGUGGAGAGACUUCAGGAGCUUCCUGUAAGCAAACUCACACAAGCCAGCUUAGUCAAAGUCAAGCUGGAGGACGUCCGACUCGGGCCUGAUCUCAACACGGCACUCGAUAUGAUAGCUAUCGUCAAACGUCCAGAGGUGUCCCAGAUGUCAUUUUCUGAGGAGAAAUGUGGGAAGGCAUUGCCUUUGACGCUUAUCUGCGAUAACGUGCGGGAUCCAGGGAACCUGGGUGCGACGUUGCGCUGUGCCGCUGCUGCUGGAUGCCACAGUGUGCUGCUCAGUGCAGGUUGUGUGGAUGUCUGGGAUUCCAAGGUCCUCCGUGCUGCCAUGGGCGCCCACUUUCGCCUUCCCAUAAUCCCUAGUCUGUCCUGGUCUGAUAUACAGAGACACCUUCCUCCCACUACAACUGUCCACGUAGCUGACAACUCGAGCAGCUCCAUGACCCAGCUGGAACUCUCAGGAACACUUCAGCGGCAAAAAAAAGCUGGAGACUAUGGAUGGGUCAGCAGCCGCCAUAUCUCCAGGAAAGUGUAUUAUGAAGACGAGGAUGAAGAGGACAAGGUGGGCGGGUCUAGGCAGGCGGGCCCAGUUUUAGAGACUCAGCCUUAUCAUAUGAGUUGGACUGGUAGCCACACGGCCAUCGUGAUUGGUGGAGAGACUCACGGUUUGAGCCAGGAAGCCUUGCAGUUGACCAAAGAAACAAGGGGGCGGAGAUUAUUGAUCCCCAUGGUGCGAGGAGUGGACAGUCUGAAUGCUGCCAUGGCUGCGAGUGUGCUGCUGUUUGAGGGAAGGAGACAACUGAGUGCGAAAUGAAAGACAUGGUUCACAUGGUUACAGUUACAGUACAUGCUUUAAAAUGAAUUUUACAGAAGGGUUGAAGCUAAACUCCCAACCCAAUAAGAAACAGUACAAGAGCUGAAUUCUCGAAUCUGAUUGGUCAGACGGUGUUGAUUAAUUUUCUAUAUCAGCAGCUCUGACAAUACUGUUGGCCGCAGGUUUGUAACACCCUCGUUCUAAUAUGUUAUCAUUUCUAUAGCAACAGCUCAUUCACAGGGACUUACAUGGCAGACCACAUUUAAAAAAAAAAGUUAUUUAAUAAAGAAAAAGUGUAAUCAUUGAUAUGGUGAAGUAAGAAGUUUAUUUAACAUUUAUGGAAGGAGUCUCCAGUGUCAACACUUUGUAAAAGUCAGACCUAAAGCUGUAAGUUUUAAGUUUUCCAACAUAGGGAAGUGUUCACAAGAUGACAGCUGAUUUCACGAUAUUAGACGUAACUAUAAAUGGAUAAAAAGUGCAACGCGUCAUCUUUUAAUAAAAAAAAUUGCUGUGGUGUAUGAAGAAUGUAACAGUGUAUGCUGCUUUACCUGAGAGUUGAUAUUAAUGAAACUCAGACCUACAAGAACAAAUUCUGUAGAAUUCUUAUGUAUUUUAUACUGUGGUUAUUUAAAAGUAGUAAAUAAUGAUCUAUUAAGAGAAAAAAUGAAUUCUUACUUGUUCAUUAAUAGCUAGAUGUAGUGUUUUACAGAUUGUAAAUUGUGGCCUUGCCUUAUAAUUCCUAUUUCAGUAAAGCAAUAUUUGCUUUUAUAA